AUGCAUAUAUUGAAGGUUCCAUGGUUUGGACACCAGGCUGAAAACAAGAAGGUUGGAUGUUAUACUGUCACCAUCAAUAACUCGGGCACUAGAUUAGCUUCUGGGGGUCUAGACGGAAACGUUAAGAUAUGGGACCCUAAGCUGAUUUUACAAUUCAUAGAACUAGAAGACAAGGAGAAUGUAGGACGAGGAAAGAAAGGUGGAGCAACCUCGAAGAAAGAAUCGAAAGAAAAUGGUCUUCUGUUUUCUAAGUCUGGUAUUAAUGGAGCUAGUGGCACUAGCGAUGAUAGAUCACUCAGUUCAAAGGCUUCAGUAGAUAUUCCAUGUAGGGCUCUAGCCACGAUGAGUCGUCAUAACGGUGCUGUGACUUCUGUCAAAUUUUCUCCAUCAGGACAAUACCUAGCUUCUGGAUCAGAUGAUAAAAUUGUUCUCAUUUGGGAGAAGGAAGCGGCGAAUUCGUCGUCAACACUAAAACAAUUUGGAGAUGUAGAUGCCGAUUUGGAGCAUUGGACUGUUCGGAAAAGGCUCGUGGCUCAUGAUAACGAUGUUCAAGACAUUGCCUGGUCUCCUGAUGGAUCCCUCCUAGUUACCGUGGGGUUGGAUAGACUGAUUAUAAUAUGGAAUGGAAAUACUUUUGAAAGGAUUAAAAGAUAUGAUAUCCAUCAAUCCAUGGUUAAAGGGAUAGUAUUCGAUCCCGCUAAUAAAUUCUUUGCAACUGCGAGUGAUGAUAGAACUGUUAGGAUAUUUAGGUAUCAUAGGAAACAUCCACUGAGAGGUGAACAUGAAUUUCAAAUGGAACACUUGGUUAUAGAUCCCUUCAAAAAGAGUCCCCUUACUUCGUAUUUUAGAAGAAUGUCAUGGUCCCCUGAUGGUCAACAUAUUGCUGUCCCCAAUGCCACCAAUGGUCCGGUAACCCUGGUUGCAAUAAUUAAUAGAGGUAGUUGGGGCACCGAUAUAAGUUUGAUUGGCCAUGAAGCGCCAUGUGAAGUUGCAUCUUUCAGUCCUAGAUUAUUUGAAAAGCAAUUGACCAGCAAUGGCAAAAAAGAAUUGGCAAGGAAACCAUCAGACAAUGAUGGUUUCACAACUGUAUUAGCCACUGGAGGGCAGGAUCUUUCAUUGGCGGUUUGGAGUACAGGAUGCAGUAAGCCAAUUGUUGUUCUUGCAAAUUUCGUUGAAGACUCUAUAACUGAUGUGUGUUGGGCACCUGAUGGGGUAACUUGUUAUGUAAGUUGUCUAGAUGGAAGUAUACUGUGUGUAAAAUUUGAAGAAGGGGAAUUAGGAGGAGCAGUUGUUAGUGAAAAGGUGAAUGAUUUAGAAUUGAAUAGAUAUGGAGUUGGAGAAGGAGAAGUGUUGGCAGAAAGUAAAGAACAGUUGGAUUUAGAAGCUGUUGGGAAUAGAUCAAUUGAAGGUGAGUUGCUUCCAAUCACAAACGAUGUAAUACGAAAAAUCGAGGGUGUCAGGGCGAGCACUCCAAUAAGUAUUGAAAAGGAAAAGAAAGAGGAGCCUCUUGAACUACCCAGCUCACCUCUGGCAAAACCUCCCCUGAAAAUAAAACAAAAUGUUACUAUUACGAAGGAUGGUAAAAAGAGAGUCGCCCCGAUGCUAGUCUCUUCUGCAAAACCUUCUUCUUCCACUAUAUUCACUUCGGCGUUACAUAAAAGGGCACCUGCCUCUUCCAGCUCGAAGAAUUAUACCCAACUUUCUUCUGCUCUGUAUCAACUACCUAAGUUUGGUCUUCAGACAUCUGUUCAUGGAAUUAAGUCCAGGUUUGCAACAGGACCGGCUGAAGCUAUUCCAGAAGACCAAGAUAAUGACAAUGAGGACAUGGGUAUGAUAGAAGAAGGUGGUGCAGGCAUUGAUGUAAACAGUGUUGCUACGAUUUCUGAUACAACUCGUAAAAGACAACGUAACAAAUUAAACCGAUUGGCCAUGGAAAAUAGAUAUCCUAUACCUUUCCGUAAUGUUUCAAGCUUGCCGGAAUUUCUUUUCCAUCACCCAGAGGUUAUCAACGCUCUGUUGACGACAGUUCCAAAGGAAGUGAGCUCCCAUGGAAGUAAUUCUAAUACUACUGUCGCAGUUGGUGGUAAUGGAGCCGGAACCAGUUCAGGUUCGGGAAGUGGCUCUGAGUGGACAAUUUCAACAAGUUACACUCCAGAAGACGAAAAUCUUAUUUUUAGUGUAGUCAAAUCCUCAACCCAGGAAACUAAAGGGUUUUCUACCAUUGAAAUUAGAAAUGGACCACCAUGGAACGAUAAUGAAGAUUUCGAAUCAGUUCAUAAUGAUAGAAUUGACUUCCAGGAUCCUACGAUUGUGACCAUAUCCAAUCAAUCUUCGAAAACCAAAAGCAAUUUGUAUUAUCCCUUUAAAAUCCAGCAUGCCAUUCCGGUAUUUUCUUCCGGGCUAUUACAAUACUAUGCAUUAAUUUCGUUUCUGGGUGCCUUACAAUUAAUUCAUUCGAACACUGGAUCUUUGGUUACACCUACAAUCGAACUAGGUGGUAACGUGGUAAUAGUAAGACAAUCAGGACAAUUCUUGCUGUGUGUUACUAAUGGUGGUUUAGUUUAUGUUUGGAAGCUCCCACAUAAAACUUCUAGGCUGGGUCUCGUAGGAAUAAUCAAUGGUGUCAGCAUGGCUGGAAUUUGGAAUUGUGAUGUGAGUUUAUCGUCUGAGGCAGAUUCAAUUAAGAAAAAUGGUUUAGGUAUAGAAAUAAGGCCAGGAUGUUCAUCUACUGCGAGUGCUUAUGAAAUAGAUUCUACCACGGGCAGUCCUUUCGUAAUGUUGGAAGAGGAUAAUUCGAUAUAUCAGUACUCUAUUGAUCUUAUGUGUUGGAUGAAAGUUAUAGAUCCAUGGUAUUUCUUGGGAUUCGAAAAUGGUGAGGUUUCGACUCACCUUCCAGGAACCAUAUUGUCUUCAUUGGCACACAAGCUGAUUUCUAAAUAUUAUGAAGAAGUAAGGCGAGGAUUGUCGACUGUCUACGUUGGCGAAGGUAAGCUAGUUGAAAGUUUAAAGGGUGAAAUGAGGAAAAGGUAUCAUGAAAUCUGUGAGAGCUCGGAAGUCAGUUCAAAAAAGAUAAAGUUGAAUGAAAAUUAA